CUGGGCGCCCGCACCAAAUCUAUGUCCGACAAUCGAUCACGGGACACUUGUUCUCCUUGCUCGGCCCGUGACUCUCUCUCUCUCUCUCUCCAACAAUAACAAUUGAUAAGAAAUGGGUUCGUUCUUGAGUUCCGCCAAUACCAAAGAAGAAAUUGAGAUGGCACUUACUAAAGCCAAGGAGAUCUCGACCUCUGCUCCUGUCGUCGUUUUCAGCAAAACCUACUGUGGUUAUUGCGAGAGGGUGAAGCAGCUGUUCACACAAUUAAAAGCAAGUUUCGAGGUCAUUGAACUGGAUAAGGAAAGUGAUGGAACUGCAAUUCAAUCAGCUUUGGCACAGUGGACUGGGCAAAGGACUGUACCUAACGUGUUUAUUGGUGGUAAACACAUAGGUGGUUGUGAUUCUACCAUGGAGAAGUACCAAAAAGGUGAGCUCUUGUCUCUUCUCAAGGAAGCCAGUGCCAUUGCCAACAACUCCGCUAAUUUGUGAAUGAUGUCAAAACCAGAUAUUCAUGUGUAAUAAUAAUAAGAACAAAUCAUGCGACUUGUCGCGGACGAAUCUAAAUGAUGUCUUUCACACUGCUAAACCUUUGGAUAGUGAAUGUUGGUAUGCUUUUUUUCACGUGUUUUUCCA